AUGGUGUUGAUCACAUUUUGUUGGGCUGAAAAUGAAUCGAGAACUCUUCGGCUAAAUAGCGGAUACGACUGCCCUCUGGUAGGCAUCGGAACGGGUGGCUUCAGAACGGGAGGUCCGCCGCAGGGAAAAGUGGCCAUUCAGUUGAUUCACGACGCUAUCGAUUCCGGGUAUAGACAUAUCGACACCGCAUCCGCCUAUGGGAACGAGAAGGCCAUCGGACAGGCGGUCACUGAAGUGUUGGCCAAAGGAGUGCUCAAACGGCAAGAGUUGUUCAUUACAACUAAACUGAUGCCAAACCCAACCAACACUCGCGAUGAAACGCUAAAAUCAGUUCAAUUGUCGAUACAAAACUUGAACACAUCAUACGUGGACUUAAUGCUCAUACAUAUGCCAUCCGAUGAUUUGGCCGUCAAUGACAAAGUGUGGUCAGCUCUGGAGGAAGCCGUCGCUCAGAAGCUAAUCAGAUCUAUCGGUGUUUCCAACUUUAAUGCUCAACAAAUUGAUAGUCUGCUAAAGAAUGCGAAAGUAGUUCCGGCGAUGCUUCAGGUGGAGAGCCAUCCGCAGGUCAAUCAAAGACAACUUAUUAGUUAUAGCGAUAAACAUGGUAUACAUUUGACCGCAUACUCGCCAUUAGGCGCCGGAACUCUCAUAAAGAAUCCAACGAUUGUCUCAAUCGGCAAAAGUCAUAACAAGUCUGCGGCGACAGUAAUGAUCAGAUGGCAGGUCCAGAGGGGUGUCGCCGCCAUUCCUAAGAGCCUUAAGUUGAAUUAUAUCAAAGAAAACAUCGAUGUCUUUGACUGGACUUUAACUGACAACGAGAUGAAAACAUUUCGGCUAAACAAUGGAGUGGACUGUCCGGUCAUAGGUCUGGGGACGGGUGGCUUCGAUGGCGCGCCUCAGGGAGAGCUCGUCAAACAGAUGGUAAGGGAUGCGAUUGAUGUGGGCUAUCGUCUCAUUGACACCGCAGCCUAUUAUGGCAACGAAGAGGCCAUCGGCGACGCCGUCAACGAAGUGAUCACGAAUGGCAAAGUCCGUAGAGAGGAGCUGUUCAUAUCGACCAAGGUGUUUUUGCUCAUCGGUCAAAGUAUACCCAUAUCUCGGGCCGAAACCGUAGAGAACGUGCGAAUAGGGAUACAGAAACUGAACCAAACGUAUGUCGAUAUGAUUUUGUUUCACUUUCCCUCUGAAUCCGAUGAAAUCAAUCGCGAGGUCUGGAGUGGACUCGAAGACGCCCUAAACCAGGGUCUGGUUCGAGCGAUUGGUGUUUCCAACUUUAAUGUCCAGCAAUUGGAAAGUCUGAUCCAAACGGCAAAUGUAUUGCCAGCGAUGAACCAAAUUGAAAGUCACCCCCAAUUGAGUCAAAGACAACUUCUAGACUAUUGUUCCCGAUAUAAGAUACGAGUGACCGCUUACUCGCCAUUAGGCGCCGGAACUCUUAUCUCAAAUUCCAAACUUAUUUCGAUCGGAAAUAAAUACAACAAAACGUCGGCACAAGUGAUGAUCAGAUGGCAAAUACAGAGAGGAGUUGUGGCCAUUCCUAAGAGCACUAAAGCUGAUAGACUUCGCGACAAUUUCAAUGUCUUUGACUUUAGUCUUACCGAUGAAGAGAUGAAUAUUAUUGAAAACAUGUAA